AGAAGAACGCUCUAGCUUCGCUCGGCCUGUCAUUGGGGCCGUCCUCGUCGAAGCGAAUACAGCGGCUCCAGAAAGGCUCCGAGAGGCGAUAGGCACCUGAAAGCACCCGGACCCUUGCUUGCAUCGACGCCGCAGAAAGAGCACUCACCAUGGAGAAACAGGACAUAUUUGCAAUCUUGCGCACCGACAUCGGCGAAGAAGGCGUCGAGAGAAAACUGGAGCAAGAACGUCGAAAGCUUCGGCGAAAAAGAAAGAGGAUUCGGGAACAGCUGCACAUGGAAAUGGAGGCCCUUGGACUGCAAGCGCAACAAGAAGAGGCCGCGGAGCAAGCCGCCAAGCAUCACACGCAUUCAAGCAGGACAUCAAGGACAACCAAAACUGAUGUCGACAGGGUGUCAGUCCAUCAGGCAACGACUUCAAGCAAGUCAUCGAAAGCAACCAGAACUACAGUUGAAGCAGAGAAGGCCUCAGUGAAGACAGAGACGCCCUCGAAGUAUUCAAAGGUGACCCGAAGGAAGUACCGAAAAUUCUGCUUUAAUAAAUUUCUGAGUCGACCACCUUAA